GAUAUUAAGCAUCCCCCUUUCCGGCAUGACUCUCUAAGACCUUUCUCACCCUCUCGCUCUAAACUCCCGUACACAUCGCGACUUGUAUUCUAUUCCUAUCUUUCUUUUCUCCUUUGCUUCCUUGUCUCGUCUAUCCUGUCCUUCCUUGGUCUUGCAAAGCCCAACCCUAAUUGAGUGCGGCUCAGAAUCCUUAUAUUUGUGGUCCGCAUUCAGUGAACGAAAGUGAUGGGCAAGAAAAGGGAAGGCAAAAAUUUGGAAUCUGUCUCUCGCACUCCGAUAUCGUUAAGGGAAGAAGCCACCGGAAAAAUACAAAGCAAGGCAGCCAUUAACAACAAGUCCAAUUUGAGAUUUCAUCACUUGAAAAACCUAACUCUGUGGGCCUCCACCACUCACUCCCCCAUACCCUCUUUGGCUGCCUUCUAUGCCCACCAAUUCGCCGCUUUCGGAGAAGCCACCGGAGUUCCUCCUGAUCCUUCUUUCAUCACUUGCCAAAGAUGUGAAACUGUACUUCAACCUGGCUUUAAUUCAACUGUUAGAAUUGAAAAGAAUAAAUCGAAGGCCAGGCAUAAGCGCAAGAAGUUUGGUACCAUCAAUCAGAAUUACGUAGUGUACAAGUGCCUUUUCUGUUUUCAUCAGAAUCUGAGGAGAGGAACCCCUAAGGGAUAUUUAAAAGAAAUCUCUCCAUCGAAAGAUCGAAAGUCAUUGUUAGAAUCAACAUCUCCAUCAAAAUUGGAGAAAGGCAUUGUAAACAAAGAUGAAGGGAAGGAAAUUGGUGUGUUUGCUUCACAAGUUGUAGCUAAGGAUGUUGCCCUUGUGGAUGGUUUGGCAACUCCAUUGAGUACAAAUACCCCAACCCUGUUAGAAGGAAAGAAAAGAAUCAGAAAUAGUUCCUCCUCUAAGAAAGAUAUUCAAACUACAAACAUGGCUGCGAGUACAGCCAGCAAAAGACGAAGAAAAUCUUGGACAAGUUUAAAAGAAAUUGCUAAGAGUAAUCAGCAUGAGAACACUCAAAUUGCUAAUUUAAGAGUGCCAUUCUUUUUAUAAGUAGGGCGAUUUUGUCUAUAGGUUAAGAACCUGUUUGGAUAGAAGGUCUAAUGGAGUUACAAUUCCUUCUUAAAAACCUCUCUUGCAAGAGAGUUUUUAAGCCUAGACAACUAGGCUCUAAAUUGAACUGUAACUUUUUUUUUACAUUACGCCUGGAGGUUUCUUUGUUUUCUAUACUCAUUGUACUUUCAAGCAAUGUUUGAUGCUCUGUUGAAGGAAAGUUUUUCCUCCUUUAUGUAUAAUAUUUUUUUUUCAUUUGGUAAUUUUAGUUUUUAAUGGUGAGUGGCAUUAGUUUGGUUGUCUCAUUGACUUUCCUUUUCCCUUUUUAGUUUCUCUCUUUUAGGUGAUUAAUUAGUAACCACAAUUGAGCUUCGAUUGAAUUGAUAAAAUAUUUUAUAUUGAUAGAAUGAAAUGGAUUGGUAAGAUAUCCUUUGAGAAUCGCUGAGAUGCGAAUUUGUCAUUUGACUGAAACAAAAUGUCAUGUCUAGAAACACUAUUGUUGAAGUAGCUUACAGUUCAGUAGAUUAAAAAUAUUUUAAUGUAUUUACAUGAACUUUGAUUGUGACUUCCGUGUAUUUGUGGCUAACUGUAUCAAUUAUCAAAGAAGGAUCUGAAUCUUUAUAUUCCAACGUAUUAUAUUUUAGUAGCCAAUUGCAUGAGCCUUUGCAGGCUAAUUUGAAAGAUACCUAACUAAGAAUAUGAAUAUUCAGGAACCAAAAGGCCUGCAACAAUAAAUCCAAAUUAUUUAUCGUCCCUUACAAGCCUACAACUUAUAACUCCUUUACCUUGUAGCAGUUCGCAAGCGCAAAUGAGACUAACUGAAUCACAUACGAUUCUUAAAGUGAGAAGGAUUUGAAGAAUUUGAGCUGCAUUAUGGGAUAUUCUUUUGAUUUUAAGAAUUAUGAGACUGCAAAUCUAAACGAAAGAUGUUUUGGGUUAAAAACGUAAAAGGAAGAUAGACUAGUGGUUAGGUUAGCUUUGACCCGACAUACUGCAAGUGUAUGCCCAUAAUGGAAAUCUGUUUUUAAAUUAUUCUUCUGAAUACUUCAUUAUAAUUAUUUAUGUUUCCUUCUCUCCAUAUCACAUCAAAAACUCAACUUUUCCCUGCUAAUAAAAAGAAAAAAAAAAUAUUUUUCCUUACCUCAUUGUGAGCUUCUGCCUAUAAACAGUUUAAAGACAAUGUAUAAUAACAGGAUUGGGGUGUAUAUUGUUCAAGUAUGCUGAGAUAUUGGAAUUUUAUUAUCACCUU